CUCGCAGAACAUUUAUUUAACUUGAAGUUUGCUGCUAAGGAUCUCAACAGACAUUCUCAAAAAUGUGUCAAAGAUGAAAAGGCCGAAAAAUUGAAAUUAAAAAAGGCUAUACAGAAAGGUAAUGUAGAAGGCGCUAGAAUUCAUGCCGAAAAUGCUAUCAGACAAAAAAAUCAGGCGUUAAAUUUCUUACGCUUAAGCUCGAGAGUAGACGCUGUUGCGCAAAGAGUGCAAACUGCUGUAACUAUGAAACAGGUGACUGGAUCUAUGGCAGGGGUAGUAAAGUCUAUGGAUAGUGCUAUGAGAUCGAUGAAUUUAGAAAAGGUUACAAAUUUACUUGACAGAUUCGAAAGACAAUUUGAAGACUUAGAUGUUCAAACGAAUUGCAUGGAUAAUGCCAUGUCCAAUUCCACAACAUUAACUGUACCGCAGGGCCAAGUGGAUUCUUUAAUGAACCAAGUUGCUGAUGAACACGGGUUGGAACUUAAUAUGGAAUUGCCCAAUGGCCAAACAGCAUCCCUUGGAACCGCUUCUGUUGCUAAUGCUGAGCAGGAUGAAUUAAGUCAGAGGCUAGCCAAGCUGCGUCAAGGAUAG